GUUAUAAUUUUUGUAAGAGAUGUUGGAGUUACAAACUUUAAAGGCACGGUAGCUGCUGUGUUAACAUAUGAUGUGGAAUAUCGAGUUUACGAGAUAAUACAGCCAUUAUACAGUUUUUAUCUGAAUGACAAUUUAAAAUUCCAACAUAUCACGACUAAUCAAUUUUAUGUUGAAGAUGAUGAAUGGGAAUUCGAAAAUGUAUUUAGUUCAGCAAUACCCAGAGUUUCUACUGAUGUGAAAAACCUCAUCAAUUGGAUCAAAGAUAA